GACCUUCCGUUCGUACUGCCAUGAAUUCGUUGACUUUUAACUAUCCGUCUUUACUCAUGCAGUGAGUCGCUUCAGAAAAGCCUUGAAAACCAACCAAUUGCACGAUAUAUCUAACUUUUCUUGUUCCGGCCUUCUGCUGUCACAAGAGUAAUCGCUGCUCAAGCAGGACCACCACCGGACUACCAAUUGCUUCUGGUCUCUCCCAGCGCAGAUGAUGACGUCGCCGCAAAAGUUUCAUGGCUGGCUUGCCCAUGACCCGUCCGCUGCAACAGGGAACCUCAAAUGGGAGUCUUUCACGCCUAGGCCAUUCCAGUCUACCGACAUCGAUAUCAAAAUUACGCAUUGUGGUAUAUGUGGCUCUGAUAUACACACCUUACGAUCCGGAUGGGGUCCCACACACUAUCCAGUCUGCGUAGGUCACGAAAUCGUCGGGCAUAUCGUCCGUCUUGGAGACUCUCCUACCUCGACCUCUCGCUUUCGUGUCGGUGAUCGUGUCGGCGUCGGUGCGCAAGUGUCUUCAUGCCUCCGAGUCGAUUGUGAAGAGUGCUCUUCUGGCAGGGAGCAACACUGCGGCAAGGGAUUCGUGGGCACCUACAAUGGCAAGUAUCCCGACGGAUCUUGGAGCUAUGGUGGAUACGCAGAUUUCGUGCGUGUCCCGGCGCAUUUCGCUGUCAAGAUCCCCGAGCAGCUUAAAAGUGUCGACGCUGCCCCUAUGAUGUGUGGUGGCAUCACUGUUUAUGCGCCACUCAAAGACAAUGGUGCAGGCCCCGGAAAGAAGGUCGGCAUCGUGGGCUUGGGAGGACUUGGCCACUUCGGUGUCCUCUUUGCGAAGGCCCUCCGGUGCGACAAGGUUGUAGUCAUCAGUAGGAGCAGAAACAAGGCGAAGGAUGCAAGCGAGUUGGGGGCGGAUGACUUUAUUGCGACCAACGAGGAUGAGAAGUGGGAGAGAACUCACAGUAAGAGCCUGGACCUCAUCAUCUCUACGGUCUCGAGUCCGGAUAUGCCUCUAUCGGGCUACAUGAGGCUUCUACGAACGAACGGUCAGUUCAUCCAAGUCGGUGCACCUGAAGAUAAAUUACCAGCUAUAGCAGCAUUCGCGCUCAUUGGGAAAGGUUGCAAGAUUGGUGGUAGUCAAAUCGGCAGCCCCAAACAAAUCGAGGAAAUGCUACAGUUUGCUGCCGACUCACGCAUCAAGCCUUGGGUACAGCAGAGGAGUAUGAGUGAAGCAAAUCAGAGUGUGGUCGACAUGGAAGAUGGUAAAGCGAGAUACCGCUACGUUCUCUCAAAUGAAGAUACCAGAGAUCAGGCGCGGCUAUAGUUAUACCUCAAAUUCAUCACGAAAUUUCAUGAGCAUGCCCGUACUAUUAUUAUAUCUUAGUAGAUCGUCGAAUUUGGAGACAAACCUAUCCAAAAGGCCAUACGCUAGAGUUCGGCUUCACUCUUGUUAUCUAAAAGGUCAGGAAUGGG